UGUGCAAUGGUGGAGGUGGCAUCAAAUUUUAACUUUGUUAAGGUAUGUCUUGACAUGAUGAGUGCUCAAUUGGAGCUUUUUACAAUGUUCCAAUCAGAAUGGAGGCAACGUUUAUUGGUGUAUGUAGUUAGUCACUGUAUAAGCCUUGAAUCGUAGCACUAUGUAUACGUUAUAUAAAUAAUAUUUUCUUGUCCCUUUCUUUUGGUUUGCAGCAUUGAACAGUAGUUGGGCAUUGAAAGGUAUAUUUUGAUAUUUCACAGUACGUGUCACCAGUUACCAGCAUCAUGAUGUGAAAACGAUGUAGAAGAGCACUUCAACUGUUGUUGAUGUUAAAUGGUAUUAUUUUCAGAAGCUUUGAAUAAAACUUUAAAAGGAUUUUGUUUUUAUUUCACAGGUCCUCAGAAGAAGUCUCUGAUUUUCCCUGAGGAAACUAACAGCAGUUAUGAGAUCCUUCAUCCUGUUAAGCCCAUGAGCCUCACAGCCUUCACACUUUGCAUGCGCCUCGCUUCAGAGUUACCCAACAAACGAGACACUAUCCUGUUUUCCUAUUAUAUGGCAGGAGAUGCACUAAAUCUGUGGAGUGAACCUGGAGUUUUUACUUUGUACUUGCUUAACUCAACUCCUGCAAGUUUCAGGUUUCCUCAGCUCAGCACAUUCUGGACAAAUCUGUGUGUAACAUGGAAGUCAUCAUCUAGAUUGACUACCUUUUGGGUGAAUGGCAGGAGGAGUGUCAGGAAAGUUUAUAGACAGGGACACCAGAUUCAAAAAGGGGGAAGUGUAAUUCUCUGUCAAGAUCAGGAUAGAUGGGGGAGAUCAUUUGAGAGCACUCAAAGCUUUACUGGAGAAAUAACCAACGUUCAUCUGUGGGACUAUGCGCUAUCGUCUGAUGAAAUACUCAGUGCUAGUGAAGGAUAUACUGAGCCCGAAGGAAACGUAAUUGAUUGGAAUUCUGUGGAGUAUGAAGCUAAAGGAAAUGUAUUAAUAGAACCUGUCAAUGACUAGGACUCUAGCAUGUAAUGUUGUUUUUUCUUAAAUGCGGCCAAUGAAUUUUAGUCAUUUUUAUCAUAAUGUUCUUAAAUAAAGAAGUGGCAAGACUUGAAGUUGUGCCAAGAGUUUUAAAAUGUGGGACUGUGUGUUUUCAUCUGAUAAAAUAUAUGCCGGCAAUAAACAACAUGCUUAACCCAAAGGGAAUGUGACUCAUUGGCUCUCUGGAAAUGUUUUAAUAAAAGCAGUUAAUGACAAGGCA